UUUAUAUCCUGUCCCCGGGUGAGGGUGUUUUUCCUGGGCUGCGGAGACGACCGGGAGAAGAUGAAGUUCUCCCUCCUUGCGGUGCUGGCUUUGGUCCUAUUUGCAGCUCAAGCAAAUUCCCUGUACUGCUACACCUGUAACUGGGAGCAAAGCAACUGGAACUGCCUGAAGGCCGAGAAGUGCUCGGACAAGGAUGAGUACUGUGUCACCAACGUGGCCUCCGUAGGAAUCGGCUUUUUGUCCAUUUGGAAGAGGAUCACCAAGAAGUGCUCCAGCACCUGCCCACACCACAACUUCCUCCUGGGCCUGGCCACCUACACCUCCUACUGCUGCCAGAGCUUCCUGUGCAACCUCAGUGCGUGCCCAGGGCCCCGGCUGGCUCGCCCAUGAGGUGCCAGGGUGUCCCAUUCCGUGUCCUUCUUCACCUGCUGGGAGAAAAUGGACCCUGAAGGACUGAAGAGCUUGGCCAGAUUCCCCCAGGAGGGUUUGGACAUCAAACAUGAGGAAUAGAUAAAGUAUUGUGGUCAUUGUCUUGUCCUGUGGUGCCUCCCAAGCUUCUUCUCGUUUUCUUCUCAUCCCUGAGCUCUGCAGCUCCAGCUUCCCCACCAGAGCUCUGAGUGCCACAUCCAGGAGUUCCUGGGACACCUCCAGGGAUGGGGGCUCCACCACCUCCCUGGGCAGCCCCUUCCAAUGCCUGACCACCCUUUCCAUAAAUAAAUUCUUCCUGAUGUCCA